AUGGUAGAGACCCACGUGCCAGCUCUGUCAGAAGACCAAGAGUCCCACAUCCGGUCGCUGCUAGAGUAUCCAACUUCCACCCCGCACCUCAACCCUUUCAACCUGGAGAUUCGAAGCCCUCCCGGUGGCGGUGCUGGUCGAGGCGUCUAUGCCACCAACCCUGUACCCGCGGACACGCUCAUCGAAGUCAGCCCUGUACUUCUGUUCCCACCAGCAGAGUAUGCUCAGUAUGGCAGCAAGACGCAGUUGGACGGCUACACCUUCGUUUGGAAGCGUACUUCGCAGGGGUCUGCCAUUAUGGCGCUAGCACUUGGACUCGGUUCACUGUUCAAUCACCACCCAACAAGCCCCAACGUCAAGUAUACGUUGGAUCAUGCUACACACUCGAUACGCUACACGACAACACGCGCGAUACAAGCAGGCGAAGAACUGGCCAUCUCGUACGGCUCAGGGAGGAUGUGGUGGGAACCAGCACGCACAGCAGAAGAGCAACAACGAGAGGAAGAGGAAAGGAAACGAGCACAAGAUCCGGAUCAUGAGGUCAUCCAGAUGGGUCGCAUAGGCCUCGACUCGGAUGAAGAAGAUGACGAUGGCGCAGCUACGAAGGCAGCGGGGACUGUUUCAAACGGUGUCGAACUCAACGCAGCAGCCGGGCCAAGUCGUGCUGUUGUUGACAGAAGCAAGUUUCCUCCAGUCUAUCGGCUCACAGCAGCUAUAGACCCCGUUACACUCCCACUUCAGACUCGAGAUGCGUGGAUCAUCGACAUCCCCCCGAUUUCAGCCUCCCUCUCCAUCAAGUUGCUCCAAAAACAUCCUUCCGUCCUGCAGAACCGAGACGACGGCCUACACUCCACUCGACACCUCCGCUCCUUCCGCACAACACCCACCGUCCAUCCUGAUGGCACCAAGAUCGCCCGCAUUCAGUUUCUGCUGUGCCUCGAAAGUGCCUUCCCGGACCGGAGUCGCCUUGUCGAAUGGCUCAUAAAGGAAGCCGGAGGGAUCUUCGGCGAUCAACCAGAACCUUACUUAGGAAAGGUACCGGUCAUUGCAGCACCUAGCAAAGACCGCUUACCCGAAUGGCAAGCUGUUUGGCCCUGCAUUGUCCGAACGAACCCAAAGGAGCACGUCUCUGGUGGAGUCGGAUCAGGUCCUAGUGCUGGUCCGGUGUUGUUAGUGGACAGAGCGAAGGACGAGUCAAUGUGGACAGAUGCAAAGAGGCUACAGUGGGUAGCGAACAGGUUUAAGCGUGUUGUUGCUCUCGCCCGUCAUGCUUUGCAGCAAGCAAACCUUGAAGGGAUGGAAAGGAAAGAGCAGUGGAAAAGAGUGGUGGCAUCAGCAGCACACGUUACUCAUCCCUACGACGUUGCUCGGCGAUUUGUACCUUCCUCUACCCAUACUCACGGUGGUGUGAUGGCAUGGGAGGAGAGAGAGACUACCGACUGGUCGCAUUUGAUCGGUGACCAGGCUCCUUAUGUUGGUCGAAUUCACCCAUCUCCGCCCCAAGAAGCAGAGACCCAUCUGACAACAGAAAAGCAGCGAAUCCUAACAACAUUCUCUAUGUCAGAACCCGAAUGGGCAAACUACUCUACGACCACAUCCUCCAUCUACACCUCUCCUUCGGACCCCACAAUGGGCAUCAUCGAAAUAGACGCAGUCGAUCAACGCCUCGCUCGUCAGAACCCAAUCAAACAUGCUGCUAUCGAAGCCGUAUCCAGAGUCUCUGUUCUUCGUGCUUUAGAUCGUCAAUAUCCACGCUCCUCCUCUCCUCCUUGGGACCCAGAAACCAGCACCGCAGGAGUGCCAGCAGUUAACGGCUCAGACUACCUCCUGACCUCCCUCUCACUCUUCACCUUGUACGAGCCGUGCAUAUACUGCACAAUGGCCCUUUUACACUCUCGGGUCAGCGAGAUUUACUUCCUUCUCCCCUCGCCCGGCAGAGGCGCCUGCUGUGGCGCUGAACUACCCCCUGAAACGAGCUGUGGCGACGCAGGAGCAGAUGGCGGCAUUUACGCAUUGCAGGAACAGAAAGGUUUAAAUCAUAAUUUUACUGUUUGGAGAUGGAUCAAGUCCAAUCUUAGCUCAAGAAAUGACGCAGAGGGGGACAAGGUGGAUGAUCUCGCGCAUGAAUUUGAUAUUGGUCUGUUGGAUCCCUGA